UCAUCUCUCUCUCUUUCUCUCAGUUUUCUUUGCAAGUACUACUAUUUAUCACCACCAGAAACCUACUAAAUCUCCUGUAUCUCUAAUUAACUAAACUGAUUCUCUGUUCAUUAUCCAAUCCAUCAUUAUGCCUUCUCUCUCUGAAGCUUUCAGAGCUCACCCAGUCCACCUUCACCACAAGAACCCUGACUUCCACUCCCUUCAAGAGCUUCCCGACUCCUACGCAUGGACUCAUCUCGACGAUAACAACCUCGCCGCCGAUGCCGCAUCCGACGACGGCGUCCCGCCAGUGAUUGAUCUCCAUGACCCCAAUGCUACUUCGCUCGUAGGCCAUGCAUGCAAGACCUGGGGUGUGUUCCAGGUCGUCAACCACGGCAUCCCAGCCAGUCUUCUUCAAGACAUUGAGUCCGCCGGCAAGUCCCUCUUCUCCCUCCCUACUCACCAGAAACUCAAGGCGGCUCGCUCCCCCGACGGCGUCUCAGGUUACGGCCUCGCUCGCAUCGCCUCCUUCUUCCCCAAGCUCAUGUGGUCCGAAGGUUUCACUAUUGUCGGUUCCCCUCUCGACCACUUCCGCCAACUCUGGCCACUUGAUUAUACCAAAUACUGCGAUGUUGUCGUGGAGUACGAAGAAGCAAUGAAAAAGCUAGCGGAAAAGCUAACAUGGCUCGUCCUGGCUUCCUUGGGCAUAUCAAACCAAGACAUCCAAUGGGCUGGCCCAAGAGACGGAGGAUUGCAAGGGGCCUGUGCUGCUCUCCAACUCAACUCCUAUCCGACUUGUCCGGACCCAGAUCGGGCCAUGGGUCUCGCUGCCCACACCGACUCCACCAUCCUCACCAUCCUAUACCAAAACGCCAUCAGUGGUCUGCAGGUUCUAAAGGAAGGGACCGGGUGGGUCACCGUCCCGCCGCUCCCGGGCGGGCUCGUGAUCAACAUAGGCGACCUGCUCCACAUUCUGUCGAACGGGCUUUACCCGAGCGUGUUGCACCGGGUUCUGGUGAACCGGACCCAGCAGAGACUAUCUGCGGCGUACCUGUAUGGACCCCCGGCGGGAGUGAAGAUAUCGCCACAUCCAAAGGUGGUGGGCCCGAGCAGGCCUCCGCUGUACCGGCCGGUGACAUGGCACGAGUACCUGGGCACAAAAGCGAAGCAUUUCAACGAGGCACUGUCGUGCGUUCGGGUGUGCGGGCCUAAAAACGCCAUGUUUGCUGAUGGAAAUGACACCCACGGCCACGGUCACAAUAAUAAUAAUAACAGCGUACCAGUGGGGUAGAUUAAAGGAGAAUACUAAGUAGGUAGUACAAUUUUGAAUGGGCUCCCUCUGGGCCACCUUGUUUUGUAUGUACGUGGUUAAAUUAUUAUUCUUUUACGAGGAUGCAGGUUCUUCCACGCUUAAA